CUCUCAUAACGAUUAACUUUUAGUUCAAGCUCCUCGCCCUGUUAAUGUAUCACUAUGGCUUCCACGAUCGUUCUCAUAACUGGUGCAAACUCUGGAAUCGGUUUCGCAACAACAAACGUACUAGUCAAAGCAUCAAAUGCAUUCCAUGUUAUCAUAGCUAGCCGCUCUGUCGAGAAAGCCCAGGCUGCGCAAUCCGAAAUCGAAGCAACUGGGAUCAAAGGAACACUCUCAACUAUCCAGCUCGAUGUAACCGACCAAGAGUCCAUUGAGGCAGCCGCCGCCAAGGUUAAAGAAGAAUUUGGUCGUCUAGACGUCCUCAUGAACAAUGCUGGUGUCGGAGGCAUAGGCCAUGAUAUGCAAACCGGAUUCAAACUUUGCCUGGAAACCAAUGUGGUAGGCCCAGCGAUGAUCUCUGAAGCCUUCCGGACUCUGCUCUUCGAAUCGAAGAAUCCAUACUCAAUUUACGUGAGUAGUGGAGAGCGAACGCUUCUACGCAAUGCAGCGCAGGUCUUUACUCGGCCCGGGUAUGAGAAGGUGAGGGGUAGUGGGGCAUAUCAAGUUAGCAAGGCCGCGCUAAAUAUGCUUGUUGUGUUGGAAGCUGGCGAAUAUGGUCCCAAAGGAUUGAAGGUCUUUGCUUUGAGUCCGGGGUUUGUGGUAUCAAACUUGAGGGGUAAGAGCGAGGAGGCUAGGACUGGUUGGGGAAAGGCUGGGAAUCCGGAAGUCUCUGGUCAAAUUGUGCUCGAUAUUGUGCAGGGUAGGAGAGACGCGGAUGUGGGAAGUUUGAUUCAUAAAGAUGGAGUUUAUCCUUGGUGAACAAUGAUUUGAGAGGUUAAGGCAACUAUUAUAUCAC